AGGAUCUGAUCACAGACCGGGGGUGCCGCCACCUCUGUCUGCUGCCGACAGGAAGCCACAAGCCAUGAAAACUGAUUGAGAUGAGAAGAAUUCAUCUGGGACUGGCUUUUGCUUUAGGAUGGUGUUGGAAGUUGCUCAUUGUCGCUAGAAGCCUGCUCCACUGUAAGGGUGUCAGGAUCUGAAGAGCUAUGGUGAAACACCACUGAAGCAUUGCCAAGGAUGGGGCUGGUGAGCAGCAAAAAGCCGGACAAGGAAAAGCCGAUCAAGGAGAAGGACAAGGGCCGAUGGAGCCCCCUGAAGGUCAGCGCCCAAGACAAGGACCCCCCGCCACUGCCGCCCCUGGUUGUCUUCAACCACCUUACUCCUCCACCGCCCGAUGAACACCUGGAUGAAGACGAGCAUCUCGUGGUGGCUCUGUAUGACUACGCCGCUAUGAAUGAUCGGGACCUGCAGAUGCUGAAGGGGGAAAAGCUACAGGUCCUGAAGGGAACUGGAGACUGGUGGCUGGCCAAGUCACUCGUCACGGGAAGAGAAGGCUAUGUGCCCAGCAACUUUGUGGCCCGAGUGGAAAGCCUGGAAGUGGAAAGGUGGUUCUUUAGAUCACUGGGCCGGAAGGAGGCCGAGAGGCAGCUUCUUGCUCCAAUCAACAAGGCCGGCUCCUUUCUUAUCAGAGAGAGUGAAACCAACAAAGGUGCCUUCUCCCUGUCUGUGAAGGACGUCACCACCCAGGGGGAGCUGAUCAAGCACUAUAAGAUCCGCUCCCUGGAUGGAGGGGGCUACUACAUCUCCCCCCGGAUCACCUUCCCCUCGCUCCAGGCCCUGGUGCAGCACUAUUCUAAGAAGGGGGAUGGUCUGUGCCAGAGGCUGACCCUACCCUGUGUGAGCCCGGCCCCGCAGAACCCCUGGGCCCAGGAUGAAUGGGAGAUCCCCCGGCAGUCUCUCAGGCUGGUCAGGAAACUCGGGUCUGGACAAUUCGGCGAAGUCUGGAUGGUCUUGAGAGGGAGCGAGGACAGAGGCGAGGACACCCAUUUUACAGAGAAGGCAGUGGAGGUACAGAGCCGCGUUGUAACAGCUGGGGCCGCUUAUGGUGGUGGCAGAGCAGGAACAGAAUCCAGCUCACCCAGCCCCCAAGUCGCUCCCUCCUUCGUUCUCUGCCUGAAGCUGGCUUUGACAUUGAGCUGCAGCGGUUACUACAAAAACAACAUGAAGGUGGCCGUUAAGACGCUGAAGGAGGGAACCAUGUCUCCGGAAGCCUUCCUGGGCGAGGCCAACGUGAUGAAAGCUCUGCAGCACGAGCGGCUGGUCCGACUCUACGCCGUGGUCACCAAGGAGCCCAUCUACAUUGUCACCGAGUACAUGGCCAGAGGAUGCCUGCUGGAUUUCCUGAAGACGGAUGAAGGGAGCAGAUUGUCACUCCCAAGGCUGAUUGACAUGUCGGCGCAGAUUGCUGAAGGGAUGGCAUACAUUGAGCGCAUGAAUUCCAUCCACCGUGACCUGCGGGCGGCCAACAUCCUGGUGUCUGAGGCCUUGUGCUGCAAAAUUGCUGAUUUUGGCUUGGCUCGAAUCAUCGACAGUGAAUACACGGCCCAAGAGGGGGCCAAGUUCCCCAUCAAGUGGACAGCCCCGGAAGCCAUCCACUUCGGGGUCUUCACCAUCAAAGCAGACGUGUGGUCGUUUGGCGUCCUCCUGAUGGAAGUUGUCACUUAUGGGCGGGUGCCAUACCCAGGGAUGAGCAACCCCGAGGUCAUCCGCAACCUGGAGCGCGGCUACCGCAUGCCGCGCCCCGACACAUGCCCGCCGGAGCUGUACCGCGGCGUCAUCGCCGAGUGCUGGCGCAGCCGGCCCGAGGAGCGGCCCACCUUCGAGUUCCUGCAGUCGGUGCUGGAGGACUUCUACACGGCCACCGAGCGGCAGUACGAGCUGCAGCCCUAGCCGGCCGCGCCCGCCUGCGCCCCGUACCCACCUCUGCGCGGACGACCCCGGCUUCCGUGCCAGCCCAGAAGGGCCGCGAAGGCGGGGUGUCGGCUGUGCCCUUUUCUCAGACCCGGAAACCAGUGGGCAGAGGCAGCUUCGCAGGGGGUCCCCGGACGGACUCCUUCACCGACUGUGUACCCUCGGGCGAGUUACGCGGCCUCUCUGUGCCGCCUCAUUUGUAAAGAGGGCUGUAACAGUGACCUCGCACGGUCACCCGGAGUUUUCAGUUAGCCCCAGUAAGGUGUUCAGGACUGGUAAGCGACUGUCAUCAAGUAAGGCCCCCGUGCUGGGCGCCCCCGGUGCUGGCCGCGUCCCCGCCGCUGCGCCCUGCGUGGACCCCGCCCUGCCCCGCUGCAGAAACCAGACUGGGUCUCCCGGACGCCAGCAGGGGCAGCCCCAGCCUAGGCUGCGCUCCAGCACUGCGGGGCUUUUCCGCAAUAAAGUCACGAGUGUUCGAGC